AGCUUACUGGAUUGCGUCCUAGCCUCCUUCCAGCUCGCCGAACCACGCAACAGACCAAGAACUCAGGUUCGGGACGAACGCGGCAACGCAAAUCGCAAUGUCGGUCUGCUGCUGCAUCAGCAACAACAGCAGCAGCUGAUUGUUCUGCAUCAAACGGUCAAGAUUUCGCGAGGCAGAGAUCCGGAUGGCUGAAUGGCCGCGCGUGCCUGAUUUGCGCUGCACAGGGCUGCGUGUCGUGCGUCGGCGUAGCUCCACGUGUCACCCUCCCUUCACCA